AUGUCCCUGAUUCCCUACCACCCGCAGGAAGGGCGAGAAAUCGUGCUGCGCCACCGCAACGCGAUUGUUGUGCACGAUCCGACAUCGCAACGACUCGAGAUCCGCGGCGUUGCCGAGUGCCCGACAUGUCACCGUCCACUACGAUCGGCUUCACCCGAGCGGCCUCCCUAUGGUGACGACAGUCUCCGCAACAGCUCCUCAACGGGCCACCAUGGCUACAGUCGGCACGAGGGCUACGUCGAUCCAAACUACUUCCGCAUGCUACGCGCCGGCCACCAUGUCGGGCAGCUGCGCGCCGCGCCGUCGCUCUCGUCGCCGCCUUCGGUCUCGGGAGUCCGAUCGUCGGGCACAGCACCUCGCGCAGGACGAAGUAGUCCGCUUCGACGGCUGUUCCAACCUCUCGUCGGACGUGCGGAGGCCGACACCGACACCGAUGCGGACAGUGUCUCCUCGGUCGAUGGCAAUGGUGACGCGGUCGACCCCGACGCCGGCAGUGCAGCACCUGCAGCCGCCUCUGCAUCUUCCUCCGUACCCCGCGACAUGCCCAACGACGCCGAGUUCGUCUCCAGCACUCCUUACGUGCCCAACGACGCGGCGAAUCCCAUUAACAAGGAGGCGUUCAGUCCCAACUACUUCCAGACUUUUUUCGUCGAGGAACGCGAGCUCGGACGCGGCGGCAAGGGUGUUGUGUUGCUGGUUCGGCACGAAAUCGACGGCUGCCAGCUGGGCUACUUUGCAUGCAAACGCGUGCCUGUUGGCGACGACCAUGCCUGGCUUGAGAAGGUCCUCGUCGAGGUCGAGCUGCUGGCCAAGCUGUCGCACCCGAAUCUCGUGUCGUAUCGCCAUGUAUGGCUCGAGAACGUCACGCUCAACCGCUUCGGCCCCAGCGUGGCCUGCGCGUUCAUAUUGCAGCAGUACUGCAACGGCGGCGACCUGCACCGUUACAUCAUUGGAGAUCAGCCUAAAGAAGCCACCAAAGAGGAGCUCAAGGCCCGUAUGCGCCGCGUAUCCAAAGGCCAGGCUGAGCGGCCGCGGGAUCUUUUUGGAUCAUACCGUCACCUGGCCUUUGACGAGAUCUACUCACUUUUCAAAGACAUCACAUCCGGCCUGGCCUAUCUGCAUGCCGCCAACUACAUCCACCGCGACCUCAAACCUAGUAACUGCCUAUUGCACCGCGAAGGCCGCAUCAUCACCUGUCUGAUCAGUGACUUUGGCGAGGUGCAGGCUGAAAAUGUUGCACGCAAAUCGACGGGCACGACGGGCACUAUAUCGUACUGUGCACCCGAAGUGUUGCGACGGGAUACUGUCACUGGGCUCUACGGCAACUUCACGACCAAGUCGGACGUCUUCUCGCUCGGCAUGAUCUUGUACUUUAUGUGCUUUGGCCGCCUGCCGUAUCGCAGCGCCAAUGCCGUCAACGAAGAGCUCGAGGACGUUGACGAGCUGCGUGCCGAGAUAUCGGGCUGGAAGGGCUUUCAUUACGAGCGUCGUGAGCGGCCUGACCUGCCGUCCAAGCUUUACCAGCUGCUGAUGCGGAUGCUGUCUGUCAACCCUGCCGAGCGACCCAGCGCCAACGAGGUGCUCUUGGCGAUGCGCACUGAUUCAAACGGCCUCGACGGGGUCGGCUUUGGGAUUCCCCGGAGCGGCUCAUCCUCGUCGGCUACCAUAUCACCAACCGUCGGGAUCAGUGGCCGUCGCAUACAGAAUCUUGAUUCGCCCCUCUCAUCCACGCCCGUACCUGAUCCCUCCAAAACGACUAACCCCCUCGAGGGAGAGACGACUCAGCGUGUCAAGGACUUGGACGAGGCUGUUAUUGAUGACUCGGACGACCUGCCCUCGCCAUUCGUACAGUCUUCGGCGCGCAACGGAUUGGCACAUUCGAACAGCCACAGUUCCUCAACAUCACUCACACUUACACGCAGCCAUGGUAGCCACGGUAGUCAUGCCGGUCGGUCGCCCGAUCGAGGCGGCCACCCGAUGAUCACCAGGAGUGCCGACGUAGGCCAACAACGCGGAUCCGCACAAACAGCUCCCGUAGCGCUCUCGCCUCGGCGGCGGCCACAACGGCAACUCCAUCCAGACGGCGACGAUUUUGACGAGAGAGCCAAUGAAAGCGACCGAGAUCCACGGCCACACAUGGCCACGCCUCUACUGGGACGGCAAUCUGACAGCGCCGCGGUGCCCCCGUAUCUCUUGAUGCCACCGCCUCAGUCUCCCUUUGUGGAGGCGCACCACCGCACCGCAUUCUUCCUGCAACGUCACGCCGCCACCGUCGACUUUGCGCUUCGUACUGUCCUAUUUCUCGUCAAGAUGGCCAGCCUCACCAGACCAUGCUGGCCCUAUACUACCCGUUUUGGUGUCGGCGCAUCGCUAUUGCUUCUAGCCGCCCUCGACCUCGGCGUCCCCCGCGCCGACAACACCAACAGUACCCGAACGUUUAUUAGCUACCCAACAUACACACGUCCCCAACCCCAGUGGCGCUGGGACUGGCGCGUCAGUGCCUUGUUGUUCGUGCUACACUUUGUCGUGCUUGCGCUUGCUUCCCACGCCGAGGUGCUAUGCAGUGCAGUGAGUGGUGGUAGCCAAGAGGUGUGGGACGCGUGGGAGGGCGACCGUUAA